AUGCUAGACCGCUCGUUGCUCGCCUCGACCGACCUUCGCAGCGGCGCGAAAAAACUCGAAGGCAUCGUCAUUCGCGAGUAUGUGGAAGCUGCAGGAUCCAGUGCUCGCUCCAAGGCGCAACAGCUCCCACAGGAUGCGGGCAGCGUGCUAAUAACCAACGCACUCGCAUCCCGACAAGAAUAUUAUGAAAUAAUUACAUUGAACAGUAAUAGGGACUUGGUCUAUGCUGAAACCCAUCGGUACCUCAGCGGUGACGUCACUCCGGACGAAGUCCGCGGCUCGCAGCCCGCCGCUCAAGGACAG